AUGGCCGACGACAAUGACAAUGGGGACAUGGACUUUGGGCAGAGCUUCGUAAACGGAAGCACGAACGACGAGAUUGACCAGAUUCUGAACAUGACGCCGCUCUUCACCAACGACGUGGAGACCUUUGCCCCAUUGAUGAUUCCCUCGCCACCAUCCUGCGCACAAAAUGAGCGUCAUGCCCUGCUGAAUCUCUUUGGCACCACAAGCGUCGAGCAUCCUUUCCAGAACUAUUGGACCGACAUGGGAGGGCUCGUCGAGGUUGUCACUAGCUUGCCGAGCAAACCAGAUGCAGAUCGUCUCAUCGAGCGGUACUUUGAGACAGUCGACCCACUGUACCCCAUCAUGUCGAAACAUGCAUUCAUUGCCGAUGUCGAACGCUUCUGGCAGCUUUCUGAUAACGACAAACACAGGCACGACCCUGCCCAAAUUGCAUUACAGUUCGCGGUAUACGCCAACGCCAUGCAGGAUACAAGCCUUCAGAAGGGUAACGAGGUGCAGCUGAGUACGGCUGCUUUCUACCUGAGCUGCUGCCACCAGACACUUUGCAUAUCGAACUACCUCAACCGAUGCUCUUUGCUCACCAUUCAGACAAUGAUCUUGAUAUGCCAUUUCAUGAUCGCCAGCAACCGGACUGCCGAUGCCUGGACAAUUUCUGGCAUCGUGCAACGACAGAUAUAUGGUUUGAAGCUCAACCGCUGCCCCAAAGAGCUCGGCUUGGACAUGGAUGUGGAGAAUAUUCAGAUCCGCCUUCGACUUUGGCAGGCAGCCAUGCUGCAGGAUGCCCAGCUAUCGCUCCGACUACGACGGCCUCCGUCAACUACGUUCUUCAAUGUCUCUCAUCUCGACGUCCAGGCCUUCACGGGUUCCGCACUGGAGACGCCUCGCGAUGUCGCUUAUGUGCGUGCCAUGUGGCAAUGCUCAGCACUCAUUCAGGAGACCAUAUGUAGUCCUCAGUCCUGCCGAGAGCCCUUGGUCGCCGAUGCGAGCCACCGAAGCCAUCUUAUUUCCCGUUAUCAGGACCUCUACGGGGAAUUUGAGGAGCCUUUCUGUCAGACAGCUUCAACUCGAUUCGACAACCUGGCCCCGCGUGUGCUCUACCAGAUGGUCACAGUCACGACUACGUACUUUCAUGCUCUCAUGCUUCUGUACAUCGAGAAGAAUGACAAAGCAGGCGUUCACAGCGAUCCUCAUGGUGCUAUCCGGGCAGCCCACGAAGGAAUGACAGCCUUCUUUGCUGUCUUGCGCAUUUCCCCUGGACAGAUUCGAGUUUGGGCCGCUGCGCAUAGUCGGGUGUACGCCAUGGCAGUUGUGAUAGGUACUAUGCUGGUGGUUUACAAGAACAACCAUGUCGCAACGAAACAGGCCAUCACUGAUGAGCCACAGCUGAUGCUUGGCAAAAGUGACUUUGAUCGCUACAUUAGCAUGCUGAGUCGGGCGCAAGGGUCAAUGGAGUUCAGAGUCUGCCAGCGAGAACGUUUGGCGAACCUGAAGACCUUGCAAGUUGCUGUACUUGAAGAAUAG